GUGGUGAGUGAGUGUGUCAGAAGAUGGAUGAAUGGAUAAAAAGGGUGAAACUUGCCUCGUAGAUACCGCUUCUUCCAUUUUCAAUAGAUUAUUGUUAAGAUCUCAAGUCAUAUAUGGCCGCAAAGAAACUAUACGAGUCGUUUUCUAAGGAAUUGAUUGAGGAAGUACAUCGAUGGGGUUCCAUGAAGCAGACUGGUGUGAGUCUCAAGUACAUGAUGGAGUUCGGUUCCAAACCCACUCCCCGCAAUUUGCUUAUUUCAUCUCAAUUCCUUCACAAGGAACUCCCUAUGCGUAUUGCUCGCAGGGUUAUUGACCUACAAACUCUUCCUUAUGGUUUAUCUCACAAGCCUGCUGUUCUAAAGGUCCGGGAUUGGUAUUUGGAUUCUUUCCGUGACCUUAGAUCGUUUCCAGAUAUAAAAGAUGAGAAUGACGAGUUGGAAUUCACAAAAAUGAUUAAUUUGGUUAAAGUACGACACAACAAUGUUGUACCUAUGAUGGCUUUGGGAGUUCAACAACUAAAAAAGGAUCUACACCCUAAGAUUGAUUAUAAGGAUUUGGAUGAGAUACACCAGUUUCUUGAUCGAUUUUACAUGUCUAGAAUUGGCAUCCGCAUGCUUAUCGGGCAGCAUGUAGCCCUACACGAUCCUAAUCCACCUCCUGAUUGUGUGGGCUAUAUACAUACAAAAAUGUCCCCCUUGGAGGUUGCACGCAAUGCUACCGAGGAUGCCCGUUCUAUUUGCUUGCGUGAAUAUGGCAGUGCACCUAAGGUCAACAUUUAUGGGGACCCAAACUUUACAUUCCCCUAUGUGCCAACACAUCUGCAUUUGAUGGUUUUUGAGUUGGUUAAGAACUCCUUGCGUGCUGUGGAAGAGCGAUUUGUGGACUCGGACAAAGUUGCCCCUCCUGUUAGAAUAAUAGUUGCUGAUGGUCUAGAGGAUGUUACUAUCAAGAUUUCAGAUGAAGGGGGUGGUAUACCAAGAAGUGGUCUGCCCAAAAUAUUUACUUAUCUCUACAGUACUGCCCGGAAUCCAUUGGAUGAGCAUUCAGACCUUGAUACAAUUGAUUUGGCUACUGUGUCUACGUUAGCUGGUUAUGGAUAUGGACUUCCAAUAAGUCGUUUAUAUGCUCGCUACUUUGGAGGGGAUUUGCAAAUUAUCUCCAUGGAAGGCUAUGGUACUGAUGCUUAUCUGCAUUUAUCGCGGUUGGGAGAUUCGCAAGAGCCAUUACCUUGAUAUUUGAUGGUGGGAGAGAAAAACUCCUCUGUAGAUAUUUCAAAUUC